AUGGCGGUGAAAGAGGAGGAGAGGAGGAAAAAGGCGGAGGAGAAGCAGAGGAAGGAGGAGGAGAGGAAGAGGAAGGAAGAGAAGAAGAGGAGGAAGGAGGAGGAGAGAGCGAAGAAGGAAGAGAGGAAGAGGAAGAAGGAGGAAGAGAAAGCGAGAAAGGCUGCAAAGAAGAAGCGGAAGGGGGAAGGUGAUGUGGGGGCGGAGGUGGGAGCGGAAGGGGAGGAGGGAGCAGGAGGAGAGGGGGAGGGGGAGGGGGAAGGGGAGGGGAAGAAGCGAGGGCGGCAAGGGAAGGGUGUUAAAGAGGAGGAGGGUGAGGAAAGGGCAAAGAAGAGCAGGGAGGAGGAGAGAGAAGAGGAGGAGGCAGAAGAGGAAGAAGAGGAGAGUGAGGAGGAGGAAGAGGAGGAAGAGAGCGAAGAAGAGGAGGAGGAGGAAGAAGAGAGUGAAGAAGAGGAGGAGGAGGAAGAGGAGGCUCCAGAAGCGGAACUAGCCAAUCCGGCGUCAGAAUCAUGGCUCCUCAAAAGCUCCAAAUCCCCCUGGGCAGGCAAAAAAGAGGAACCCAAGGCUGAGCUGACCGAGGAGCAAAAAAAAUACGCGGAGGAGCACGCUUUGAAAAAAGCCAAGAAGGAGAGAGGAGACAAGGAGGAGGUGGAAGAAAAGAGCACGUUCCAUGGGAAGCAGGAGAAGGACUAUCAGGGUCGCUCGUGGAUUGCACCGCCUAAAGACGCCCUUAAUCCCGCGCCUUUCAGGCGGAUUCACACGUGGAGCGGGCAUACCAAGGGUGUCAUUGCCAUCCGGUUCUUCCCUAAGUACGGCCAUCUGCUGCUGUCUGCAUCAAUGGACACCAAGAUCAAGAUCUGGGACGUGCCCAACAUGCAGAAGUGCAUUCGCACCUACAUGGGUCACUCCAAGGCCAUGCCGUACGGCCAUCUACUGCUGUCUGCAUCAAUGGACACCAAGAUCAAGAUCUGGGACGUGCCCAACAUGCAGAAGUGCAUGUGCACCUACAUGGGUCACUCCAAGGCCGUUCGAGACAUUUUCUCCUCCUCUCUUCGCCUCUUCUCCUCACUCUCCCCUUUUUUUUCUCUCUUCCCCCCUCUUGUCCUCUUCUCCCCCCUCUUCUCCACUCUUCCCCUCUCUUCCCCACUCUUCCCUUCUCUUCCCUUCGCUUCCUCCUCUGUCUGUCCCACCAGGUACGGCCAUCUACUGCUGUCUGCAUCAAUGGACACCAAGAUCAAGAUCUGGGACGUGCCCAACACGCAGAAGUGCAUGCGCACCUACAUGGGUCACUCCAAGGCGGUUCGAGACAUUUGCUUUGCGAACGACGGGCUGAAAUUCGUCUCGUGCGGUUACGACCGUAACAUCAAGCUCUGGGACACCGAGACCGGGCAGGUCACGGGGACGUUUUCCACGGGUAAAAUACCCUACGUGGUGAAAUUACACCCCGACGACGACAAGCAGAACAUUCUGCUGGCGGGGAUGAGCGACAAGAAGAUCAUGCAGUGGGACACGCGGUCAGGGGAAAUUACCCAGGAAUAUGACCAACAUUUGGGUGCAGUCAAUACGAUUACGUUUCUGGAUGACAACAGGCGGUUUGUAACGAGCAGCGACGACAAAUCGUUGCGCGUGUGGGAGUUUGGUAUUCCCGUUGUCGUCAAGUAUAUCAGUGAGCCGCACAUGCACUCUAUGCCAGCCAUAGCAGUGCAUCCCAACAAGGCGUGGGUGGCAGCUCAAUCCCUGGACAACCAGAUCAUCGUAUACGGUGCUAAGGACCGGUUCCGGCUCAACAGGAAGAAGCGUUUCGCAGGCCACAUCAUUGCAGGAUACGCCUGCCAGGUGGGUGGUGUGAAGAGGAGAUUGGCCAGGUGGGGAGGGGGCCUUGCAGGGCUCUGGUAUAGGGCUCGGGGGGACACAGACAUAGGGGGCGAUGGGGUGGGCUGGCAGGCAGCUCAAUCCCUGGACAACCAAAUCAUUGUGUAUGGUGCUAAGGACCGGUUCCGGCUGAACAGGAAGAAGCGGGUUCGCAGGCCACAUCAUUGGGGGAUACGCCUGCCAGGUGAACUUCUCUCCGGACAGCCGGUUCAUAAUGUCGGGCGACGGAGAGGGCAAGCUGUGGUGAACUUCUCCCCGGACGGCCGGUUCAUCAUGUCGGGCGACGGAGAGGGCAAGCUGUGGUUUUUGGACUGGAAGACAUGCAAGGUGUUCUGCACAGUCAAGUGCCACGACUCGGUGAACUUUUCCCCGGAUGGCCGGUUCAUAAUGUCAGGGGACGGAGAGGGCAAGCUGUGGUUUUGGGACUGGAAGACAUGCAAGGUGUUCCGCACAGUCAAGUGCCACGACUCGGUGUGCAUCGGGUGUGAAUGGCACCCCCUGGAGACCAGCAAGGUGGCCACGUGCGGCUGGGAUGGGCUCAUCAAAUACUGGUUCGGCUUGGAGCAGGAAUACACUCUCCUCAAGAAGGACGUCAAGUGGCCCCUCGGCUGGCCCACCGGCGGCUACCCCGCUCCGCAAGGGCCGUACUACUGCGGCACGGGCGCGGACAAGGCGUGGGGUCGCGACAUUGUCGACGCGCAUUACAAGGCGUGCCUGUACGCGGGGAUUAACAUCAGCGGCAUUAACGCGGAGGUGAUGCCGGGCCAGUGGGAGUUCCAGGUGGGCCCCUGCACGGGUAUCGAGGCGGGCGAUCACCUGUGGAUGGCGCGGUAUUUGUUGGAGAGAGUGACGGAGAUGGCAGACGUGGUGCUUUCGCUGGAUCCCAAGCCGAUCGAGGGCGACUGGAAUGGCGCCGGCUGCCAUACCAACUACAGCACCAAGGCAAUGCGCGAGGAGGGCGGGUACGAUCUGAUCGUGAAGGCGAUCGAGAAGCUGGGGCUGAAGCACAAGGAGCAUAUCGCGGCGUACGGCGAGGGCAACGAGCGCCGCCUCACGGGCAAGCACGAGACGGCCGACAUGAACACCUUCUCCUGGGGUGUGGCCAACCGUGGCUGCUCGGUCCGUGUGGGUCGCGACACAGAGGCGCAGAAGAAGGGUUACUUCGAGGACAGGCGGCCAUCGUCUAACAUGGACCCAUACAUUGUCACGGGCAAGAUUGCAGAGACCACCAUCCUGUGGGAGCCUACUGGCACAGCAGCAGCAUGGGGGUUGGCCCUAGUGGGUGUUGAGGCAGAUACAGCAGCAGAAGGGGGGCGGGUCCCUAGGGCUGUGCUACUGGUAGCCGAGGGGCUUGACACACCCGCCCUCGCCCCUUCUGCAGAUGCAGCCACUGCUCCAGGCGUUGAGACAGGCACUGCAGAAGCAGGCGAAGGGCGGGCCCCUAGAGUCAUGCUACUGGCAGCAGAGGGCCCUGACACACCCGCUGCCCUCGCCCCUGCUGCAGAUGCAGGCACGGUGGCAGGCACUGUUCCAAGCGCUGAUGCAGGGACUGCAGUGGCCACUGCUGCAGGUACGAUUGCAGGCACGGUUGCAGGUACGGUUGCAGGUACGGCUGCAGGCACGGUUGCUGGCACAGUUGCAGGCACGGUUGCAGGCACGGUCGCAGGCACGGUGGCAGGUACGAUUGCAGGCACGGUGGCAGGUACGGUUGCAGGUACGGCUGCAGGCACGGUUGCUGGCACGGUUGCAGGCACGGUUGCAGGCACGGUUGCAGGCACGGUGGCACGUAGGGUUGCAGGCACGGUGGCAGGUACGGUUGCAGGCACGGCUGCAGGUACGGUUGCAGGCACGGUUGCAGGCACAGCUGCAGGCACGGUUGCAGGCACGGCUGCUGGCACGGUUGCAGGCACGGCUGCAGGCACGGUAGCAGGCACGGCUGCUGGCAUUGUCCCUCGUAGAGACACUGUGCUCCUCACCCCUUGGCUGCUCACUGGCUGA